UAAAAAGUGUUUUACGCAAAUUAAAAAGUGUUUUAAGCAAAUUAAAAUGUGUUUUAAGCAAAUUAAACAAUAGUAUAAGAACCACCACACAUCACCCCCAUUUCAUGAGCAACAGUCCAUUUUAAAUCAUGCAUCUGAGUCACAUUUACUCUUUCCUCGUGAGCUUUGGUGUCUUGUUUAAAGUUUCCUGGUCAUCAUCUGAAUUCAGCUUGGAUGGAGAUUACAUAUUGGGUGGCCUUUUUCCAGUACAUGAAGUUGAAAAUGAACAUGCAGCAUCUCUGUUCUUCCCAGAGUCCACUGAAUGUUUUAGGCACAUUUUCUCAAAAUCUGGCUAUAGGAUGCUUCAAGUAAUGAGGUUUGCUGUUGAGGAGAUUAAUAACUCCACCACCCUGCUGCCCAAUGUUUCUCUGGGCUAUGACAUUUUUGACCAUUGUUCUGACACUAAAAACUUCCAUUCAGUCUUCAGUUUUAUUUCACAGAAUGGGUCAAUUAAACCUAAAGAAAAGCUCAACAGCCAUCAGCCUAAAGUUAUUGCUUUAACAGGACCUUAUGGAAGCACAAGAACUAUUUCUGUUGCACCAUUGGUCACAAUGGACCUCAUACCAAUGGUUAAUUAUGGAGCUACCAGCUAUGCAUUAAGCGAUAAGCUUCAGUAUCCUUCUUUUAUCAGAACAAUCCCUAGCAACAAAGAUUUGAUACAGAUGAUUAUUCACAUUAUACAGGGGUUUGGAUGGAACUGGGUUGCUUUUCUUGGAGGCUCAGACAAUAACAGUGAAGAAGGCUUACAACUGUUUAACAAGUACAUCAGAAAUACUGGCAUUUGUUUGGCCUAUCAAGAGACUCUCAGUCAAAAUGCAAACUACAAUCUAACUCUUAAAAAGAUUGAUAAGCUAAACAUCAAUGUCAUUGUGGUUUUCACUGUGCCACAAUAUGCAAAAAUCAUAAUUAAAGCAGCCAUAGCAAGCAACAUCCAAGGCAAAGUCUGGAUAGCAAGUGAAUGGUGGUCUAUGAAUCAACAGCUUCUAAGAGAGCCAGGAAUAAAGAAUAUUGGAACAGUAAUUGGCAUUACGGAGAGAUUAUUGUCAUUGCCAAGAUUUAAUGAAUUUAUCUACAAAUCCAAAGGAACAACUAAGAUUUAUACUGAAAAUGACAAUGUUGAAAGCAAACUCCAGACUAAGACAUGUAAUCAAGACUGUGACAACUGCACAUUACUCACCGCAGAAGAGAAUGUAAAUGAAGAAUCCACAUGGUCUUUUCCCAUCUACGCUAUUAUAUAUACCAUAGCUCAUGCAUUACAUAAAGUUCUACAGUGUAACAUGAAUGAAUGCAAUGCAAAUACAACAGUUAAGCCAUACAUGCUUCUGGAAGAAAUUAAGAAGGUGAAUUUUUCUCUUAAUGGACGUCAGGUGAAAUAUGAUGCUAAUGGUGAUCCAGAUGUCAGCUAUGCAGUUGUGCUUUGGCACACUGAAACAAACCCUCAGUGGAUUGAGUUUGUGGGCACUUAUGACACAUAUCCAGAAAUUAACUUUACCAUCUACAAUGCUCUUCUGCCCUGGCAUAACAAGGCUUCUGUUCCUUUCUCAAACUGCUCUGUUGAGUGUGAGAAGGGAUUUUCAAGAGAACAUAUGGGAUCUCAUGAUUGCUGCUUUCUGUGUAAAAAAUGCCCGCAAAACAGCUAUGUUAAUGAUUCUCGUGACCCUUAUACAUGUUUUCCAUGUGCAGAGAGUGAAUGGUCUGAUGAAGGCAGCACAACAUGUCAGAAGCGUUAUGUUGUCUAUCUUCAGGUCACAGAUAUCCCCUCCAUCGCAGUUAUAUUUUCUACUUUAUGUCUGUUUAUUCUUCUCAUCAUCAUGCUUGUUAUUUUUGCACAAAAUUACAACACACCAGUGGUGAGGUCUGCUGGUGGCAGCAUGUGUCUCCUCAUGUUAGCAUGUUUGAUUUUAUCUUGCCUAAGUAUGUUCUUUUUCUUUGGAGAACCCACAUCUGUUAAGUGUCGCUUAAGAAAUGUCAUAUUUACAUAUUUCUACACUGUCUGUCUCUCUUGUUUGACUGUUCGUUCUUUUCAAAUAGUUUGUGUCUUUAAAAUGACCAAGUUCCCUAAUGUGCACAGGUUGUGGGUAAAGUACAAUGGCCAGUGGAUCUUUGUUUCUUCUUUUUCUGUUAUUUUUUUAAUUGCUUGUAUUUUUUGGAUAACUAUCUCUCCUACCAAAGCCUUUAUGGACUUUUCUUUUAAAGACCAUAUUUUGCUCACCUGUGAAAAAGCAAAUGAUAUAUUCAUUAGCAUAAUUGUGUUCAUGAGUUGGUUUCUUGGUCUCCUGUGUAUCUUGUUUUCUUACACAGGAAGAGAUCUCCCCCAAAAUUACAAUGAGGCUAAAUCAAUAACUUUUAGUAUAAUUUUGUUCUAUGUGAUUUGGAUUGUGUGUUUCACAGCUUACCUUGUUAUCAAAAGCAAAUAUGUUUUGCUUUUAAAUGCACUGGCACAGGUAAUGAGCGUUUAUGCAAUUCUCUUUAGCUAUUUCAUACCUAAAUCUUACAUCAUGAUAUUUAAACCAAAAAUGAACACCGCUGCAUACUUUCAAGCAUCUAUUCAAAAUUACACCCAAACCAUUAGCAGGAGUUAAGCCACAGCAAUGAUGCUGUACAGAUGCAGAUAAAAUCAUCUAAAGGAAAAUUAAAAGUUAAUUGGGAUAUUAAAAUUCACAUCUAGUUAUUUUACAGAGAAAUCAAUACUAGACAUUUUAGAAUCAAUUUUCUGAGUUAUUAAGCAACAAAUAAGACAAUAAGGGUGUGGAAUUUGUUAUAAUUAUAUUUUAUUAGUAUUUGUUAUUACUGUUACAUUUUAUAAGUCAUUUAAAAGGGUUCAUGUACACUUUUUACUGUCUGACUAAUUUUAUGCUAAAGACAAGGUCAGUUCUUAAGUAUUGUGAAGUAUUAGAAUGAGAGUUUUGAGGACAGAAAUUCACAGUAAACAUCCUAAGAUCUUGUAAAAUUGUUGACCUUUAUCAUAUUAAUGCUUUAAAUAAAAUGUUAAAAGACACGUUUUCUGUCAUUCUGAAUUUUUCCACAACAAUUUUGGUGUCAAAAAGGGGAUUCCUUGACCGGACUACUUCGACCUUGAAGAGACGGUGAUUGCGCAUUUAAAACAUAGGGUUCCAGCUCUACCCUGCUAGAAUUAAUGGAAUUUUAUUACUAGCUUGACAACAUUUCUGACAAUGCCAAGGUCAAGAGCUCAUAGCGGUUGUAUAGGAGGUAAGAGCAAGAGCUCAAAUUGCAAAAGACACUGGUCAAACACUGUAAAACUCCCUAGUAAAGAUCCCAACAUUGAUCAAAAAAGGCAUGAUAGUUUUUGUGCGAGUGCAGAUGUUUUUUUGAAGGUAACAAAGGGCUUAGAAUUAAAUAUUGUGAACCAGUAUACAUUUAAAUGAAAAAAUUAUAUAGUCUGGACUUCAUGCAAAAUUCAGUUCAAUUUUAUUUAUAUAGCGCUUUUCACAAUUGGGCGAUUGUUCCAAAGCAGCUUUACAUUAUUAAAAAACAGAAAAAGCAUAGAAAAAUCUGUCCGGACAAUAAAGGUAGCAACAUACACCGGCUAAAAUUAAACCAUACUAGUGAGCGGAUUAUUAAUGCUCUGGUCCCCUCCCCGUCUACCGGGGGGAUGAAACUUACAGUAGA